AUGGCGACACUCUCUCCGCAAUUGAGAAGACACCGAGUUCCGGAGGCCUGGGAAUUCAACGCUGAGACAGCGGUUAGAGGCCUCUGUAAGUUGCGCAAGAAAGACUCCUUCGUGGCUGCGCGACAAAACAGAUGUGCAGCUCCUGUGGCUGCAGCCCAGCGUGCGGAUUCCAAGUCAAGAACGACAGCUCAGUCGUACGAUCCGCUCGCUCGGUUGUAUUCCGUAUCUCAUAGCGGUCAACAAGUUACGCAUGAUAAUGACAUGGCUAACCUCUCCACGGCUCAAUAUCACAGUGGACGAUUUGAUCCAACGAAAGACUUCAUCGCGCGACAGAUGGUCACUCGUGACGAGACAAUGGAACCUCUGACAGGGUUUUCCUUGAAUCGCUGCGCUGCGUGA